AUAGGUUCAGUGUUUGCGAAGGUGCAGAAUUAGCAGACACACAUGCAUGCACACAUACACACACACACAGAGGGAGAAGCACAAAAAGCAAGUAUCGGGACUGAAAUAAGGAGAGAGUUGUACUGUUGAGUACCUGAUCACUGGGCGCUCUGGGAAGCUGGACAGUCACAUUAGGACGCUGGGACUGAGGAAGCCGCUGCUUUUCCAGUGGGAUAAACCCGAUCUUCCUUACUCAAGGUGCUUUACAGAUCCCCACCGAUCUCACCCUAAGUCGUGCAAUAUCCAGCAUAGACUUCGUCUUCUUCUUCUUCUUCUACUCUUCUAUAAUUUUUUUGUUAUCGUUGUUGGCGCUUUUUUUUGUUUUUGUUUUGUUUUGUUUUUAUUGCACUACAUGUUUGGGAAACAAGACAAAAUGGACGUUAGAUGCAGUUCAGAGACUGAAGCUAACCGGGUCUCGAAGAACGGACAUAAAGAGGGCAAAGAAAGCAAAGGGUCUGAAGGAAAUAUUUCUACUUCUUUUUUGAAGGAUCAGCAAGGGACUUUUUCUGCCUCUGCAGCUACGGAAGGUUGUAAUAAAAGUAAAUCUAGUUCGGCCGAUCCGGACUAUUGCAGGAGGAUCCUAGUUAGAGAUGCCAAAGGUUCAAUCCGAGAGAUUAUUCUGCCUAAGGGGCUUGAUCUGGACCGUCCCAAGCGGACCCGCACCUCCUUCACGGCCGAGCAGCUCUACCGCCUGGAGAUGGAGUUUCAGCGCUGCCAGUACGUGGUGGGGCGGGAGCGCACCGAGCUCGCCCGCCAGCUCAAUCUCUCCGAGACUCAGGUCAAGGUCUGGUUCCAGAACCGGCGCACCAAGCAGAAGAAGGACCAAGGCAAGGACUCCGAGCUGCGGUCGGUGGUAUCCGAGACCGCCGCCACCUGCAGCGUCCUGCGGCUGCUGGAGCAAGGCCGGCUGCUGUCCCCGCCGGGGCUGCCGGGGCUGCUGCCGCCCUGCGCCACGGGCGCGCUGGGCUCGGCGCUGCGCGGGCCCGGCCUGGCGGCGGCGGGCAGCGGCAGCGCGGCGGCGGCUCCGGGCGGCGGCGGCGGCGGCUCCCCGCACCCUCCGGCGGCCAGCGGAGCGCCCGGGCCGCCCCCGCCCGCCGCGCUGCACGGGGCUGCGGCCGCGGGACACGGGCUCUUCGGGCUGCCCGUGCCCGCGCUGCUGGGCUCGGUGGCCGGCCGCCUCUCCUCCGCGCCCCUGGCCGUGGCCGGCUCGCUGGCGGGCAACUUGCAGGAACUGUCGGCCCGCUACCUGAGCUCGUCCGCCUUCGAGCCCUACUCCCGGACCAACAAUAAAGAGAGCGCUGAGAAAAAAGCACUGGACUGACUCUAAGUACCUUCCCCCUAUUUAUAUUUAUAGUCUCUAUUUGUGGCGGUAUUUAUGGGACGGGCGCCGGCAGCCGCCCCCCCGCUCCCCGCCGCCCC